GACAUUUGACAUCAAUGAAGUGAACGUCGAUUUGUCGUUUAUAUGGCGCUUAAUUAGAGCCCGGUGAAAAUUUUUGUUUUACGGGCGUUUGUACUGUUUUUUCGCGAUGGCAGGUGUAUUAUUUGAGGACAUUUUCAACGUGAAAGACAUCGACCCGGAAGGCAAGAAGUUUGACCGUGUGAGCCGGCUGCAUUGCGAGAGUGAAUCAUUCAAAAUGGACCUGAUUUUGGAUAUAAACUCGUGGCUGUAUCCCAUGGAGUUGGGUGACAAGUUUCGACUGGUUCUGGCGACCACUCUAAGGGAAGACGGCUACCCGGACAGUGGCGAUUGGAACCCGCAAGGACUGGAUACCGAAGGCUCCAGAGCGGACAGUUUCGAGUACGUGAUGUCCGGCAAAGUGUACAGGAUAGAGGGCGACGAAGCCUCGUUGGAACCAUCCAGCCGACUAGCUGCAUACGUGUCGUUUGGUGGGUUAUUGAUGCGGCUGCAGGGCGACGCCAACAAUCUGCACAGUUUCGAAGUCGAUCAGCAUAUGUAUUUGCUGAUGAAGAAGAUUUUUAUGUAAAAUUUAGGUUAAGAUUACGCGCGGUGUGUUCAUUAGUAAUAUAAGACCGGUUUUGUACCUCUAAUAAAACUCUUCGAAUAAC